UAUAUUCCCUUCACCCCAGAAAACUGAAGCUAACAAUUUAUGCCAGAACGGGAGAAAGCUAUAGAGGGAGGGAAAAAGAGAGAGAUUUCUAGGGUUUGGAGUUUUUAGAGAGAGAGAGUUUUAGAGUGAGAGUGAGGUGGGAAAUGGAAGGUCCGAUCAAUGGUGGAAUGUUGUACCAUGAGGUGCAAGAAUCGAAGCUGUGCGCCGUGCAUUGCGUGAACACGGUGUUGCAGGGGCCUUUCUUCUCUGAAUUCGAUUUGGCCGCUCUCGCCUCCGAUCUCGAUCGGAAGGAACGUCAAAUGAUGCUCGAAGGCGGUGUUGGCGGUGGCGAAACUGCUUACGGUUGCCUCCCGGGGGAGUCCCACAACGUGUCGAUGGACGGUGAUUUCAGUAUUCAGGUUCUACAAAAGGCAUUGGAGGUGUGGGAUCUGCAAGUGAUACCACUCGACUGCCCAGUUGCGGAGCCUGCUCAGAUUGAUCCCGAGCUUGAAAAUGCAUUUAUCUGUCAUUUACAGGAUCAUUGGUUCUGUAUUAGGAAAGUGAAUGGAGAGUGGUACAACUUUGACAGUCUCUAUGCGGCCCCUGAGCACCUCUCCAAAUUUUACCUCUCAGCCUCUCUGGACACUCUAAAAGGCUUUGGUUGGAGCAUUUUCCUGGUGAGGGGGAACUUCCCCAAGGAGUGCUCCAUCGCAUCCUUUGAAGCUUCUAAUGGUUUUGGGCAGUGGCUGUCACCUGAAGAUGCAGAGAGGAUAACUAAAUCAAGCAACUCAGUCCAAAGACCACCCCACAGAACUGGUCUUACUCAACAGCUUUCUGAUCCAUCUCUUGAGUACGGGGAAGCAGAAUUGCUCUUAGAUGCAGAAGACGAGGACUUGAAGGCUGCAAUAGCUGCUAGCUUGUUGGAAUCCACCCCAGCCACGGGCAGUGCCCUACCCAGCAUGUCACAAGAUGAAAAUAAGAACAUCAGUGGGGAAAAAGAAUGAGAGGAAGGAUUUUUUUAGAUAUGUGUGUUUGCAGGGGUCAUGGUAUGAUCUCUCUUGGAUGAGGGUUGAACGUUGAAGUCACAAGUCAAAACCAUGGCACGAGCGUCAUUGGAUGUGCAGUAUAUACAUCUUUAAUUUACUCAAAUCCAUUCGUGUUAAUUUAAUAUUGUAGAACCUUAAAUAACAAAAGAACCUCUCAGCUUCCACUAAAACAAUGGCAGCUUUUGCGGUUUCAGCUACAGUUUUUUAUUUUAUUUUUAGGAUGACGACGGCAAUGUGAAACCGUUCCAACAAGUCGUGUAAACUACAGAUGUCUACAAUCACUUGCAAACCACGGAUAUCAGACAGUUAUUACAGGUUUAACCGAUGGUUAUAUGUAGAUAUUUUUGUUUGAAUUGUUUUAAUAACAAGGAUUAUUAGUAUUGUGAA